AUGGGCUCCGUGGAACGAAGGAAAACGCUAUGGAUUUGGUAUAUAGCGGUGCUUUGUUCGUUUCAUCUCUCUGCAGCGCAAAUAUCAUACUCCAUAUUUGAGGAAGUGGAUAAGGGCGCAUUCGUAGGAAAUAUCGCAAAGGAUUUAAACAUUAAUGUGCAAGCACUGGAGUCGAGAGGACUUCGGAUUGUAUCGGCUCAGAGUAAGAGGUAUUUCGAUGUGAAUAUGAAAACCGGUGUACUCUAUGUGAGUGACAGGAUUGAUAGAGAGGAGCUUUGUCCGAAUGUAGCCAAGUGUGCUUUAAAUAUAGAGGCCAUACUGAACAGCCCGAUGCAUCUCCAAAGAAUUGAAGUGAAUAUUUUAGAUAUAAAUGAUAAUGCACCGUCUUUUCUGGAAAAAUCGCUUGAUUUAAGCAUUCCAGAAUCAUCUAUUCCUGGAGAAAGGUAUCCUUUACCGAUUGCGAAUGACGCAGAUUUAGGUCCUAACUCGGUGAAAAGUUACAAGCUCAGCCAGAACGAACACUUCUCUCUGGAUGUGCAGAGUGAAGGAGAGCAGGGUAUAUCUGCUGAACUGGUGCUGCAGAAAGCAUUAGACCGAGAGAAGCAAAAUGUUAUCCAGCUCACACUGACCGCUGUAGACGGAGGUAAACCUCUCAGAUCCGGGACAAUGCUGAUCAGUGUUAAUGUAAUAGAUGCAAAUGAUAACAUGCCAACUUUCAGUAAGCCACUUUACAAAGUUCGCAUUCCUGAAAAUGCACCUUUUGGGACUACAGUAAUUAAGCUCGAUGCUAUAGAUCUUGACGAAGGAAUUAAUGGAGAGAUUGUUUACUCUUUGAUAGGCCGAGGAAAUCGGAACCCCUCCGAAGUGUUUUUAAUAGAUUCAACUACAGGUGAAAUUACUGUAAAUGGCAGUUUUGAUUACGAGGAGAAUACUGCAUAUGAGGUCCGUGCACAGGCUACGGACAAGGGUAGCCCUCCCCGCAGCACCCACUGUAAGGUGUUGGUGGAAGUUAUUGACGUAAACGACAACGCUCCUGAAAUCUCAGUGAUGUCACUAAUGAGUCCAGUAAAAGAGGACUCUAGUAUUGGAGCUACGGUUGCCUCUGUGACUAUCACAGAUAAAGAUGGUGGUAAAAAUGGCCUCGCCAGAUUAGACAUUACUAAUUCUGUACCUUUUAAAUUAAAAUCAUCAUAUAAAAAUUAUUAUUCUUUGCUGGUAAAUGAUGCUUUAGACAGGGAAAGUAUUUCUCAAUAUAACAUCACUAUCACAGCUACCGAUGAAGGAACACCGUCUCUCUCUAGUACCAGUGUUAUUACUAUACAAGUUUCUGAUGUAAAUGACAACCCACCGCACUUCCCAGAGCCCGUCAUCAAUGUUUAUGUGAAGGAGAACAGUCAAACCGGAGUUGUCAUUUCUACAGUAUCUGCUUUCGAUCCUGAUGUCGGCGAUAAUGCAAAGAUAUCUUAUUCAAUAAUCGAUACGUCUCACAGAAACAAUCUAGUGACGACGUUUGUCAGCAUAAACUCGGACAAUGGAGAUAUACACAGUCUCCAAUCUUUUAACUUUGAGGAAAUGAAAAUGUUUGAAUUUAAGGUGCAGGCCACGGACUCUGGUGUUCCUCCCCUGAGCAGCAACGCGACUGUAAACGUUUUUAUCCUGGAUGAGAAUGACAACAGCCCCAGGAUUCUCCCGCCCUAUUCAGAGCAUGGCUCAGUUAACACAGAGAACAUUCCAUAUUCGGCCGAUGCAGGCUACUUUGUGGCCAAGAUCAGGGCUAUAGAUGCAGAUUCCGGUUACAAUGCUCUUCUUUCUUAUCACAUCUCAGAGCCGAAAGGAAACAGCCUGUUCCGAAUCGGAACCAGCAGUGGCGAAAUCAGGACCAAGAGGCGAAUGAGUGACAAUGAUUUGAAAACCCACCCAUUGGUGGUAUUAGUUCGUGACAGUGGUGAGCCUUUAUUAUCAGCGAGUGUAUCCAUUGAUGUUGUUGUUGUUGAGACCAUGGAUGACAUCAAGAUUCCAUUUAGACAUGUACCGUUAGAACAGAAUUUUUCUCAUUUAAAUCUGUAUUUGCUGAUCGCUAUAGUGUCGGUGUCUGUUAUUUUUGUGUUGAGCCUCAUUAGUCUGAUAGCUGUAAAAUGCCACAGGACAGACGGCAGUUUUAGCAGGUACAGCGCUCCAGUGAUUACCACUCACCCUGACGGGAGCUGGUCUUACACCAAAUCUUCUCAACAAUAUGACGUAUGCUUUAGCUCAGACACUCUGAAGAGUGAUGUAAUGGUUUUCCCAGCGCCAUUUCCGCCUGCAGAUGCGGAAUUAAUCAGUAACAAUGGAUGGGACACUUUAAACCGGACACAAACACCACCUGAUAAAGAGAAGGUAAGAAACCCAGCUAUAAAAAUGGAUCUGACAUAUAAUUGCAUUUUGCAUUCCUAG